AUGUGGGCACAGGAGGGGCAAGUUUUUAUCACUGAUGUUGAAAAUGGAUAUGUCCUUGUUCGGUUCUCAAAUCAAAAGGAUUUGGAUCAUGAAUUAACAGCUGGACCCUGGGUAAUAUUAGAUCAUUAUCUGGCAAUUAGAUAUUGGAAGCCAGAUUUUAACCCUUUCCAAGCAGCUAUAGCUCGAAUUACAGCUUGGGUGAGGCUUCCGGGGUUCCCAAUUGAAUAUGCUAAUACAAAGUUGAUUAAGGGGAUCGUCAAUUGGUUGGGAAAAUUUAUCAAAGUGGAUGCUGCUACAACUUCCUUGUCUAGAGGACGUUUUGCUCGUAUUUGCGUUGAAUUAGAUCUUACCAAGCCACUGAGUGCUGAGUAUAAACUGGAGGGGAGAAUUAAGCAAGUGGAAUAUGAGGGUUUACAUUUGGUGUGCUAUUCUUGCGGCCAAUAUGAUCAUAGAUCAGAAAUGUGCCCCAAUAAGAGCCAUACUGUAAAUGCUGAACCAUCUCAAGACCAGAUUAGUAAGGAUCAAGAAGAAGGAGUUGAUACAACUAUGAUCCCUAGCUUCUCAAGUGAAGAUAUAGAUAAGGAUAAUUCGAAUGGUCCUUGGAUGUUAGUUAAUAGACAACAGAGAUCCAACCGGACUAGUGAUUCUGGCUACAAAGGGAAGAGAGAAAACCAAGCUGGCCAACAUUUGAGGAGACAUUCGUCCAAAUUUCAGGCUUUGGCAGAUGAUUCUAAUGAGGCUGAGGAUGGUAAAGAAGAGAAGUUGGGGGUGGAAAAUAAUGAGGAAGAGCAUGUAGCAGACAAUAAUCCAAAGAAUAAGCAGGAGAGAAAAAAGGAGACUAAAAAUGCUGCCCAUGUAAUUGAAACCAGUACCAAGUUUAAAUUGGUAGGUGGAGGUAAUGAGGAGAUUACUGCAGAGAAGACCUUUGUGGACAAAAUAACAACUGAUGAGAGAAAAGAAAGACAAGCUUCUAAGAAGCAAACACCUGCAUAUUUGGGGCAAGUUGAGAAUGGUAUGAGGCAAAAAAGCAUUCAGUUAGGAAAUGCAGAAUCCAAGACCAGUGAGAUCCCUUCAAUCCAAAUCAUUUAUCCUACUAAUCUGAACCAGAAUAAUAACUCUCAAAAUAUGGGUAUUCAACAUGCACCAAGGCCACCGGAUCAAAAUGGAAAUGAAAUGGAUCAUGAUAUUACUAGCUCAGAAGUGCAGAAUAGAGAAGACUUGGGUGGAAAGACUUCACCAAUGGAAUUGGAGAUACAGUUUGGGCGUGUGUUGAAGAAUACAGUUAGGAGUAUUCAGAUUUGCAUGAUUGUUCUUUUAGAAACUAUAGUUAACAGCUCUACUGGUUCAAAAAUUAUGAAUACGUGUGGCUUUAAUAGUUGUUUUGUGGAAGAAGCUCAGGGGUUCUCUGGUGGUAUUUGGAUCAUGUGGGAUUCAAAUAAAAUUAAUGUGGAGCCUCUUUCCCAUUCUGAUCAGAUGAUUCACUCAAGAAUUACUCUUAAAAGUGGGGACGGCUUUCUUUGUACAGCAAUAUAUGCUAGCCCGAGGGAGGUAAGAAGAUCUGUUUUGUGGGAUGAAUUGAAGAGACUGGGGAGUAAUAUGAAUGAGCCUUGGCUAGUUGGUGGGGAUUUUAAUGAGAUUGUGGCUGCUACAGAAAAGAAAGGGGGAUCUCCUCCAAAUUAUGCAAAAUGCCAAGCCUUCAAAGACAUUCUUGAUGAGUGUCAAUUAGAGGAUUUGGGAUUCACAGGAUCUAAAUUCAGUUGGCAAGGUCCAAAAAAAGAUACCAAGUGCAAAAAGCCUUUUCGGUUUCAAGUAGCUUGGCAUCUACAUCAUGCUUUUCCUAGUUUUCUAAAUGAUAAUUGGGAUCAAGAGUUUGAUAUUCCAUACAUGCUUCAAAGAUUAAUACCUGCUCUUCGAAAGUGGAAUAAUAGGGUGUUUGGUGAUAUUCAUAGGAGAAAGGAGAGAUUAUUGAAAAACCUGGAAAAUAUUCAGCAUCAAAGGACUGGGAAUGAUAAUGAUAGGCUGAAGAAUAUGGAGGAGCAGUGUCAAGAAAGAUUAAAUAAAGUUAUGGAAAAUUCCAAUAGAGUUGUGAGACUAAAAGAUGAUUGUAAUAAGUGGAUUACUGAUCCAGAUGAACUUAAAAUGCAUGCCUGUAAGUUCUUCAAAAAUCUAUAUUCUGAGGAUGUUCAUCAUAGAAGGUGGCUCUCUUCUCAUAAUUUAUGGCCUUCUUUAUCAGAGGAGGACAAGAUCAUGUUAAGUAUAAAUUCGUCAGAAGUUGAAAUCAAAAGGGCUCUUUUUCAUAUGGAUUCUUAUAAAGCUCUAGGAGUGGAUGGUUUCCCAGCUGCUUUUUUCCAAGUUAACUGGGAUAAGCUGAAGACUCAGUUAGUUCAACACAUUCACAGUAUAUGGGAGAAUCCGGAUUUAGUGGCCACUAUUAAUUCCACUCUGAUUGUCCUUAUUCCUAAGGAAAAUAAUCCUUCCCAAAUGUCUCAAUUUCGGCCAAUAUAUUUAUGUCCAGUUAUUUAUAAAGUCUUGAGUAAGAUUGUGGUGCAAAGGAUGUUUGGUUUAAUGGAUAAAAUCAUAUCCCCUGUUCAGGCAAGUUUUGUUCCGGGGAGGCAUAUUCAAGAUAAUAUAAUUAUAGUUCAGGAGUUGAUUCACUCAAUGCAUAGAAUGAAAGGUCGGAAGACCUUCAUGGCUAUCAAGGUGGAUCUAGAAAAAGCUUAUGACAGAUUGAAUUGGGAUUUUAUUCAAAAGACUCUUUAG